UUUCGUCACAAGCACAUUCAGCAGAAGUAUGAUACACUAGAUGUAACGGUCUCUUGGGAGUCGAUUCGGUGAAAUACAGUAAAAUGGAAGGAGACAUCAGAAAGCGAGGUAUCCUGUACUUACAGCAACAGAGGUUUGGAAAGAAAUGGCGAAAGGUCUGGUCCGUGUUGUACAGAGAAAGCUCCUGCUCCAUCUCUCGUCUCGAGUUUUUUGAGGUUAAAGAUGGAAGUGGGAACACGCUGGAAAAAGCCAACCGCAAACAAGAAAACAAAAAGGUAAUAAAGUUGAGCGACUGCAUUCGAGUAUCAGAAUCUGAUGUUGAAGGAUGUCCACGGGACUGUGGAUCGUUUUUGGUGGAGACUACAGAAAAGACGUUUGUUUUUGCCGUCGAGUCCACUGAACUGGAUGAUUGGAUGCAGAAACUAUGUGAAAUCGCUUUUCCGAGUAGCUGGACAGAAAGAGGAGCGGCGAGAGGAAACAGUAUACACGGUGAAUCCGAUGAAGUCACGAUGUCCGACAACACCCUUUACUGCAGCAGAGAAACCUCUACAGGUAUGAUAGACUUCAAGGUGUCAGUGAGGCGCACAGAGGCUUCUGAGAGAUGUAGCCUGAAAGGAUCGCUGUUGUUACGGACUGAUUUUGAUAGCCUCCUUCUGAAAGACCCUAAAACUGGAGAGGUUUUGUAUUCCUGGCCUUACAGAUUCCUCCGCAGGUUCGGACGUGACAAGGCAACAUUCUCUUUUGAGGCUGGCCGAAGAUGCGACUCUGGGGAGGGCAACUUUGAGUUCGACACAAAGCAGGGAAACGUUAUCUUCCAGUCCGUCGAGGCUGCCAUCAAUGUACACAGAUCCAGUUUACCUCAAAAGCAGGUAUCGCUUGGGGAGCGAGAGCCUGCGCAUGGGGUUCAAAGCUCGAAAGCUCCAAUGGACAACUCUAGCGUCUACAGCAUGGUGUCUGAACAUCCAAUCAGGGACGGGCCCAAACAACAACCGAACCCCCAGCCCUCCAGACUCGAGGCCCCGACUGAGAAGCUUCUGACUGGGGUUAAGAGUCUGAACCUGGACGCCAGACCUCCACCACGUAAAAGCCAGGUCAAGAACUUCAGAAGUUGUCCGUUGGCCAACACCGAAGAUGCAACCUACUCCCGUGCUAUGGCACCAGCUCCAGAACGAGGGGGAAGUCCGGGGGAGAAGAGAGAACUAAAGGACAGACGUUCCACCUGCUCCAACCCUGAGGAAUCCGACUACUCUUUGCCCUUUGACACAAUUGCUAAGAAUGUCAUGGUAGACAUUUUGGCCACAUCUAACCCACCGCCCACUUUAGUAGAGCCCAAUUGUGAAAAUAAUAAUAAAAGUGCUGUAGAAAGCCCGGAACCUCUGUAUGACAGUAUAGAUGAGAGUGCCAUUAGAAAUCGUUUCCCAAAUAGAGGAAAAUCCCAAACCACCCCUUACAAAAGAGUGGAGCACAUCUACGAUGAACCCGAGGGAUGUGCCGUGCCCCCAGCCGUUCCUCCAUCACUCUAUGAUGAACCAGAGGAGGUCAAAGGUCAUGCCUGGAAGAUGCUAGGUACUGUAAUGGAUCCAAGUGGUCAUGAGUACCCCUACAAUGCUUCUGCGGAUGAUUACGCCGUUCCUAAACCUCCCAGGAGAGCUUUACCGCCAGAGCAGAAGGACAAUCAAGAAGAGGACAACUCACCAUAUGACAAUAUCAUGGUAAAAAAUAAUUAAGGACUGUUUCUGUACAUGAGAGGAUAUAUAUAUGAGGGUGUGAGUGAAUGCAUGAAAUAUUUAAUAGUUUAUUAGUAGAAUGGACAAUACUCCUUCACUGCUCUCCAACAUCUGUGAUCUAAAACUGGAUUGAAAAUCAUAUAAGAACAUGAAGAAUUCACUAAACAGUUGUGUCGACUCAUUUCCACAUGCAUUAUUCCAGUCCAAAAAAACUUUUUCUUAUUCUCCAAACAUUUGCGAAUGGUAUUUAAAUGAAAUUUAAUUAAAUUAAAACGAGUAAAAAAUCA